CGCUCGAUUCGGUUCGGUUUGAUUUCGCUGCACGAGUGGCAUUGAAAGGAACUGUUAUCAGUACCUGGAUAGUUUUUUUGUUGCCUUUAGGCUUUUAGAAAAAAAAAAAUCUGUUCACACUUCUAGUGCGAAUAUUACUGGUGAAAAAGUGUUACGUGCAAUGUGACAAGUGAAGUGCUGUUUUGCAAAAUACACAUAGAAAGGGGGAACUGCAAGUUUCAGAGGAUUAUCAAUCUGAAUCUGUUCUGAUAGUGAAUCAUCUCAGCAUAAGUAACGAUUGGGGAAAAAUAGCUGCAACGUAAACAAGGCCCCAACAAUUAUCUGUCUAUCAGCUUUGGUGUGAAGUUUUGAACCAGACUCCGCCAGUGCAGUGUCUGGGAACCUAUGGGAAGGAAGUGGAAAAUCGAUUAAGAGUGUUUCGGUCGGGCGGACGGUUUUGCAUGUGUGUAAGUGUGUUAGAAGGCGUAAUAAAACUGCGGGAAAUCGUCCCUAUAUGUACGCCAUGAAUAUAACUUAAAGCAUUGGAGAAAAGGAACAACCUCGAACAGAACCAGCACUUAAAAAUUGCGGUUCUGACGGGAAAUUCGGUAAUUUUGCAACCAUCAUUCGAGGAACUCCGCAACCAUCAAACGGCGAUCGAUGUGUGCUGAAAGUGAGAAAAUCAUUAGUGAGCGUCUGUGAGAGCUAUCCUUUCACUGAUAAAAAAAAUGAAACCGGUGACAAUCCUUCGAUCGUAGGAGGCUACUUUUACUGGCACCGUACUGAUAAUUCGCGAAUAACUACUUGUGAUUCGUGUAAAAGUCUCUUCUAUUGAAUUGUAAUUUGAUAUUAGCAAAAAAAAAUCAAAGCCAAGUGAAGUAUUUUGUGACAACGAACUGUCUCGGCAGGUGAACCUCUCUGAUAAACAAAGCUCAUCGAAUUCUCAUGAGCGACAAGCGAAAAAUUUGCUCAUCCACUGCGUGAGUGUUCAUGUGUUUUUAUCGCGUGAGAAUAGUGAACGUGAAUAGGGGUACGUGUUUUAUUUUGGUGUGAAGGGGUCAGAGAGAAAAUAGAGGAUGAUAAAGCUCACCCCUGUCUAUUGUGCAGUGGUGACCGAAGGUCCAGGAAAAGCCGUGUCAGCAGCACACGAUUGUUGAAUAAUAAAUAUUACAAAUCCCGCUCUAAUUACUCACCGUUUUUUUUAAACCCGAUCUGACCGUACUACGCUACGGUUCGGCUGAAUGUGUAUGUGUUGGUGAUUGAAUAUCUAUUGUAUAUGGAGGCUAGUUUUGCAGUUUUUUUUGGUGCUAUCAUUCAUGAUUGCAGUUGGAAGUGCGUGGCUGGGGCAGUCAGUGUAUGACAAAUUGUGCGUUCCUGCGAGCUGAAUGAUUGGGGCCGGAAAAAAGUUAUUUGUUUUGAAAAUGUUAGCGGAAAUAACUACGGAAGAGAAUGCAUAAAAUCAUGUAUGGCAAAGUAUCGGGAAAUUUUUAAUGAAUCAUAUAAUUGCUGGCAAGAACAGCUAUAUGUACAGUCCGUCAACUGAUAGAGAGUGACUGAUCACGGCGUAGAAGUAAACAUUGCCAAAGUACAGUGGUUAGCACCAAAAGUUGAAAGUCAUACAAUCAUAACAGCAAGUGAUAGAUAGUUGGAACUAUAGCUAAAUAGAUCGAGAAUUGGCAAUCCAACGAGAACAGAAAGAUCCUGUGGAACCUUUCUGUGCAAACGAGAUUAUAGACGGGGCAGCCGUUAUUUUGGCCGUGUUACCUGCCACUGAAGCAUUAGAUGACACACCAUUGAAGGAUGGUGUGACGGAGAUAGAAGAUCCUUGUGUAUACUGAUUGAAGGAUGAGAUUGGAGAGAUUAAUCAGGUCCUUCCGGGAAGUGCAGAAGACUAUUCCCGAGCGAACCAUCGAAUCAUGUGUUUGGUAAUGCUCCCAGCUCAUCGAUUCCCCAAGUGAAAUUGGACAGUGUUCGGCGGGCGCGCGACAGAACCCGGGAAGAUUAACGGCGCAGACAAUGGUGGAAUCUGGCAGCAUCAGUCGGACCAGUCCGGCUUCGACGUCGAUAGUGGCGGUUGGCGUUCGCAGCGGGAUUCUGGAGACACGGGUCCGUGGUGCCUGGUACCGGGUAUCGGUUACACUGGAAACGGACUACAUUUCGGUCAGUUUGGAUGAAACGUGUGAACCGGUGGAUCACAGCACUACGCUCAAUGGAACGCUGGGGAGCAAUCACAGCGGCAACAAUAGUUCGAACAAUUCGUCGCAACCAUCGUCGGCGGGAGCAUCGGGGCCAUCGAUUCACUCAUCGGAAAAUCUUAGCAAUGGUGGUGGUGGUGGUGGUAGCGUGACGACACCGGCCGGAAACAGCACACUCAACGGCGGCGGAAGUUUGAACGGUGACAAUUUCCUUAACAACAACAACAACAACAACGGCACUAGCAGCAAUGGCAGUGGGGGUACUAAUCUCAACAAUAAUGGCACUAGUAGUGUGGUGGGUGGUAGUGGAAGUGCUGUUGGUGGUGGUGUUGGUAAUGGUGGUGUCAGUGGUAGUGGGGGAAGUGGUAGUAACAACAAUAGCAUUGACAACGGAAUCGCCGAAAUAUGCGACGUACCUGAUUCGGUGGCGAACCAGAAGCGACAUGUGCGGGUAAUCAAAUCGGACAGCAACGGGCUCGGUAUUUCGAUAAAGGGUGGCCGCGAAAACCGGAUGCCUAUACUGAUAUCGAAAAUCUUUCGCGGCAUGGCAGCUGACAGUGCCAAGGGCCUGUACGUGGGUGAUGCCAUUCUGUCGGUGAACGGAGAAGAUCUGCGAGACGCGACCCACGAGGAAGCGGUCCGGGCGCUGAAACGAGCCGGUCGGGUGGUGGAUCUUGAAGUGAAAUUCCUGCGUGAAGUGACACCGUACUUUCGGAAAGCGAGCAUCAUCUCCGAGGUGGGCUGGGAGCUCCAGCGUGCGUUUCUGUGUCCGCUUGGCCCGGGAGCAUCCUCCCCACCGGCGGCUGCCCCACGAAGUCCACCGCGAGCCGACACCCGGUACAUACCUCUGCAGUUGACCCAUCUGGCGCGGAAUCUCAAGUAUCACGAUGCGGAAAACCGCUGCAUAGAGCUGCACUCGCCCGACGGUAUCCACUCGUGCAUCCUGCGCGCCGUCGAUCCCCAGGAAGCGACGACCUGGUUUAACGCCCUCCAUUCGGCCAUUGGCAAGAGCACCCAGAAAGCUCUGGUCGAUGCAAACCGAACCCUGGUGGCUAUUAUCGGCGAGCUCAAAUUUAUCGGCUGGCUCAGCCGAAGGUGCGGUGGUGACCAGAACGGUCGCUCCAGCUCGGAAAGCUCAGACGAAUUAGAUAAAUGGCAAUCAAUUUUCGUAGCCGUCACCGAUCGUGAAUUUCGACUAUACGAAAGCGCUCCUUGGUCCGUCGAGGCGUGGAGCCGGCCAUUCGAAAGCAGCGCCCUGGUAACGACGCGUUUAGCCGGCGCUGGAAACACUACCACAGUUGGAUCCAACUCUAUGAACAUUGCUUCCGCUCAACAGAGUCCCCAGUCCAGCGUGUUCUGCGUCCGGUGCGGUACGACCCGGGGAGUCAUCAGCCACUGGCUGCGUGCCGAGACGAAUCGGGACAUGGCGGCGUGGGCACGAGUUCUGGUUCAGGGAUGCCACAAUGCGAUCAUCAGUCAGCGCGAGUUUUCCUUCCGGUGCUUGUAUCAGGGCCGUCCGUGUCAAUUAAUCGUCCACCUGGACCGGGGAUUCACCCUGCUGGACAGUGCUCUCGGUAGCACCGGCUCCAAACCGCUCUGGUCAUUCGCGUUCGACAAGCUCAAAGGCUCGGCGGACGAUGGCAACAAGCUGCUGUUCCUGGAUUUUUCCGGCUGCGAAGAUGGAGCGGAAAUUGAACUGGAUAUGGAGUGCUGCCCGAAACCGGUCGUUUUUGUCCUGCACAACUGUCUGUCCGCUAAAGUUCACUCGUUGGCGUAAGGUGCAGCAGAUUUUUAUGAGAUUUAAGCAAAAAAAAGUAUUAUUUUUGGACGUAAAAAAACUGAAUGAAACAUAAUCACGUAAUAUGUAAAUACACCUAAGCAAGCUGUUUUGUUUUAUUCUUCAAAUUGUUCAACUGUUUUGUUUACAUUAUCCUCCAGCAGUGUUAUGUUUGACAUAUCAGUCUCAACGUGAGAGUGAGGUUAUGUUAUUUGUUAAUAGUGGUAAUCGCGCUUCGGCUGAACUGGUAGAAGUAUUAUAUCAAAAAAACAACACAUCUACACAAACUUAUAAGCACAUUAUUCACACAAAUACACACAUCCAAAGGCGAUGAACCGCGGAAAAAUGUUCUGUAACUGAUUGUGAUAGUUGACCCCGUUUAAAUUAAACCUAUCAACGAAUAGGUGAAACUUGUUUACUUCUAAAUUUGAGAUUACACACAUCUUCCGGUAGGUGACAACCUUAAACGGUCCCGCAGUGGAUCGGAAAAUCAAAAGAUUCGAACGACAUUGAAAAGAAUGUAAUAAAACCAAAAAAAAUGAACGCAUCUGUAUCUAAAUACAAAUGAAAAAUUUCAAUUAAAUGAUUAAAAAAUGCAGCCAUGUCAGAGUGUGUGUGUGUGUAGUUGAAACGAGAAGUAAAGCAAUUAGCAAACGUCUGUUAGGUUGAAGUCUCUUUAUUGAAAAUGAACGAAACAGAAGAACAUUUAACAAAGUUAGCGGAAUGAGUAAAGUUAGCAAAUGUUAAAUUUUCCUUUUCAGAAAAUAAAGAAUCACUCGGAUGAUAAGUGAAAUGAUUGAAACAAAAAAACUGGGCAUUGCGAAAGCGCAAAAUGUUCUCCGAUGAGCAGGUAUUUUUUUUUUUUUUUGAUAAACUGCUAAACUUUUACUGGAUACAUUUAAUGAGCGGCAACAAGGGAGGUAUGCAGUUGUCGAGAAAUAUGAAAGCGGAUUUUUAAAAUUGUACCACUGCGAAUAUAAAGCUCAAAUACAUUCAACAUGUAUAACGGUUGGUGAGUGAGUAAUUCGAUUAAUUCGACAGAUGCAUACCAACCUCAAGUAAAGCGCAAAACAACUUAUUUGAAGGAAAAGCAACAAGGAUUGAACGUGCAAAUGGGGGAAAAAACUCCUUUCUUCGCUGCCUAGACCUAAUAGCGGAAUCAGGUCCCUCAACUCCAGCGAAGAAGCGCGAGGCAAGCAGCUUAAGAACCUGUUAUCAUUAUCAUUAAUUUAACUAAUUUAAUUAACUUCCGAUGCGCCCCGAUCCGGGCAAGUUUUCUUGCAUAAUUUUGCAAUGAGCAACGGAAGCUGCAAACUUUUCGCAAAUGCUACUUAUCAAAGAACAAAAAGCAGUUCGGAAAAAGCAAGUCAGUGGAAUUUUUCCCGCUAUCAACGGCGGCAGCUCCGGUAGGGAGGACUUCACUUCUUGGCCUAGUACUCGAAUACCGAGGGGAACGUAAUUAAUUGAUACUGUUAGUGGAGGAGGAAGUUUCCAAACUCGCCGUUAUUGGGACAGAAGUGGAAUAGAAAACGAGGGAGAUAGAAAUAGUGCGAGAUUCCGCUUUUCAGUUUCGAUUGUUCAGCACUGCUCAAGAAGAGUUAAAAUUUGUUUAAAGUUCAAAAAGUGCUCCCCUGGCCCCUGAAAUGGCCGAGUUCCUGGCGAAGUCGUAAAGCUCUGAUCGUUCGUUUCUUCUUGACUGCUGCUGAGCCUUCCGAUAGCGGUUUGCCUUGGCCAGGUUCGGUUGAACUGAGGUUCUUUACUCGGUAAACCUCUUAGACAAUAUCGGAAACACAGCAAAAGUUCAUGUAAUAGAUUUCGAGCAGUCAGCAAACUGGAAACAACCACACUGGCUUCAGGCAGCCGCAGAGGGGAAGAAAAGAGUAGAUAAAAAUCAUAUCAAAUUUAUGGGGAUUUUCAUGUAAUGAUGUACAGCAAGAGCCAGCAGAUUGAAAAGUUUUCCAAUAAUGCAAUAAAGUCUGUAAAUAGGAAGGAGCUUUUCCCGCCCACGGCCCUCCAAUAACUCGAACGAUAACAAGAAACCUUCCCACUAAACCCAAACAAAAGGCAGCAAUUUUGUACGAGGAAAACUCCUCCCCGGGGGUAGGAAAAGCAAAAACACACACACAUACAUCCGCUAACACACAAACUCUAAGAUAUAAAUGACUGAUUCGAUAAAAUCUUUGAACACACAAAACACAAAGAACUUCUCGCUCAAAGUGAGUAGAUAUACGAACAAGUUCAAGCAAACAAAAAAAGAAACACUACAAAUGUACCAUCAAACUCUUCUUCUUUCCCAUUUUAAGCGUCUCUAUCAAUUUCAAGUCGAAUAGUUGGCUUCAUAGAGUAGUGAUACGAGUGAGUGUAUAUUCUGUCUGCCAUCACAAAUCGUUUAGAAAAUGGAAAACGAAGCGGAAACUGGGAGAAAACAGUCCCAAGCAAAACAAAUCAACUAAAAGUACUAUCUAUCUCUAGGUAUUAUAUAAACCGGAACAGAUGUGCUAUCGUCAUCGCAUAUAACUGAGACAAGGUUUUUCCUUGAAGCGCGCGCAAACGGCACAAAAAAAACUAAAGCUGAACUUUACACCUUCUGUCUGUAUUGAAAUCAAAAGAGAUAAACUUUUUUUCGCCCUAACAACACGAACGAAACGAGAAAUAUUCUAUAGCAACAGCUAGCUGGCUAUUUUCGUUUGUGAAAAGAGUAGGAAGGAGGCACCACUAACUUCACAACCAAUUAGGACGUAAAAAUUAGGACAUUUUUUUUGUUACGAAGCAAGCAUUUCCGGAUCGAAGCAAGCAGUUGGUCCAGAAGGCGCGCGACUAGCGAAUAUUGAAAGAGCAAACAACAAACAAAGAAACAACAAAAAUCCUUUCUGAUCAAUCUCUGUAUCCGUACUAAAAAGAAAAAGACCUACAAACAAGCAAAAGAUCUGAAAUAAAGUCGCAUUUCAUUGAACAGA